CAUACUAAAUGCCUAAAAAUUCCUUAUAAAUAAAUUCCCAAAAUAUUUCCCACCAAAAUUACAAAUUCCGCCAAUUCUCAUAAGUCCAAGAUCGAAUAGUACUUGGGAAACCCUAUAGGAAUACAUAGCAAAAAUAGUACUUGGAAAACCCUACAGGAAUAAGUAGCAAAUCAGUUUCCACGCCACCAUUGCUCCAAUACCCUCAAUUGCUGCUUCUAUUUCUAAUAUUUGCUUCAGGAAUAAGUAGCAAAUCAGUUUUCUAUCUUGGAAAACCCUACAGAACGUUUAAUCCCUCAAUUGCUGCUCUUCUAUUUCUUUUAAACUUAACAAAAGUCAACGCUCAGGAAGGUCUAUAUUUGAAGUUGGGUUUGGCUUAACAUAAGUGUCAUGACUAGGGUUUCAAAUGUUCCAUCCAAGGAUUGGAUGGAUUUACUAAGGUAUAGCAAAGAGUAUAUUGAUGGGGUACAAUCUUUCUUAGAAUUUGCUUACUUAUAUGGAGAUCCUCAAGGCGAGGAAAUUCAAUGCCCAUGUGCAAAGUGUUGCAAUAUUCGUUGGACUCAAAGGAAUGUAAUAUAUGAUCAUCUAAUAUGCUAUGGAUUUGUUCAAGGUUAUACAAGAUGGAUUAAUCACGGGGAACGGGAAAUCCCUAUGAAUGUUGAUGAUGACAUGAGUGACGAAACUAACUCGUAUGAUGAUAUUAAUAGGUUAUUGAAUGAUCAAUUUAGAGAUAUUGCACAAGCCGAAGGACUUUAUGAAGGUCCAAAUGAAGAUGCCAAUAAAUUCUAUAACUUAGUUGAUGAGGCAAGCCAAGAACUAUAUCCUGGUUGUAAAGGAUUCUCUAGAUUAUCAUUCACAAUUCGUCUAUAUUUGUUGAAGUGUCUACAUGGAUGGAGCAAUGCGUCAUUCACUUCUCUUUUAGAGUUAUUGAAAGAGGCGAUGCCCGAGUUGAACAUUCCUUUAUCCUACAAUAAUAUGAAAAAAUCGGUGCAUGUCCCAAUGAUUGCAUGCUAUUUAGGAAUGAACAUAAGGCUGAUGAAUACUGUCAUGUUUGUGGAGCUUCCAGAUAUAUCAAAAAUCCUGAAGCAGAUAGCGAGGUUGAGCGUUUUAAAAAAGCUCAUCGCGUUUCAGCAAAAACUUUGAGACACUUUCCAUUAAUUCCUAGACUCAAAAGGCUAUUCAUGUGCUCCAAGACAACGGAUACAUUAAGGUGGCAUGACGAGGAGCGUUCUAAAGAUGGGAAGUUAAGCAUCCUGCUGAUGCCCAAGCAUGGAAAGGCUUUGAUAGCUUUCAUCCGGAUUUUGCAAGAGAUUCUCGCAAUUUGAGACUUGGCUUGGCAAGUGAUGGGUUCAAUCCAUUUCGAACCAUGAGCAUAUCUCAUAGCACAUGGCCCGUUAUCUUAAUGGCGUAUAAUUUGCCUCCUUGGAUGUGCAUGAAGUCAUAAUAUUGUAUGCUUUCUUUGCUUAUACCUGGGCCGCGGUCACCUGGAAAUGACAUUGACAUUUAUUUACAACCAUUAAUAGAAGAGUUAAAUGUGUUGUGGGAGUCUGGGGUGGAAACAUAUGAUGCUUCAAGAAAUCAAACCUUUCAAAUGCGAGCAGCUCUUUUGUGGACAAUCAGUGACUUCCCUGCAUAUGCUAUGUUAUCUGGUUGGAGUACAAAAGGGAAGUUGGCUUGCCCUUGUUGUAAUUAUGGCACUAAUUCUCGCUAUCUUAAACAUAGUCGAAAAAUGUGUUGUAUGGAUCAUCGUGUUUUUAUACCAAUGGAUCAUCCAUGGAGAUCCAACAAAAGGUCUUUCAAUGGGAAAACAGAAUUUAGGCUUCCUCCGCCUUUGUUGAAGGGAACCGAUGUGCUUAAUGACUUACAAAAUAUUAAUAAUGUCUUUGGGAAAAAGAGGAAGAGAACAAAUGAUGGC